UGUUAUACACAACAACUGUUUUUUAAGUUUUUUAAAUUCAUAAAAAAGUGGGAAAAAAGCUUAUUUGUGCUUUCACUUAUAACUAAAUAAAGGUGUUUUCUCGUUUUUCCCCCAUGAGUGAACAAUUAAACCCAAGAGAUUUCAGUACAUCUCUUACAGAAAUCCCUAAUGAUAAAAUGCUAAUAAAAACCAUCCAAUCCUCACAACAUUUACGUUUAUUUGUGAGAGACUCACUGUCAUUCCUUCAGUCAACUGUGGAUUUUGAAGCCUAUAAUGAGAUGUAAACGGUUUAUCUGAACCUUCGUUAAUAUUGUUUUGUAUACAAUUUUUAUUGAAUUGUCAUUAUGCUUCAUGUGAUUUAAGGGAUCGUGCAUAUGAUGGAUAAUUCGUCUUAUGUGAUAUUGACUCUUAUGGUGCCCAAAGACUCCAAAUCAUAUAGACAUGUAUAUUUUGUUUGCUUUCUUGCCUUAUAUGUGCUUAUAUUGUCAAUGAAUAUUCGUCUUUUUAUGGUCAUUAUUAUGGAGAAAGCACUUCAUGAACCGAUGUACAUAUUCUUAAGUCAUCUGUGUAUAAAUGGGGUUUAUGGAGCCUCAGGAUUUUACCCUAAAUUUCUGUAUGAUUUAAUAUUGGAUUCAUAUGUGAUCUCCUCUCACAUGUGUGCUCUGCAAUCCUUUGUUAUUUACAGUUCUUUACUGUGUGAAUUUACAAUAUUAACAGUGAUGUCUUAUGAUAGAUAUGUAGCCAUAUGCAAACCUUUAGACUAUCAUUCCAAAUUAACUAAAAACACCUGUGUGAAAUUAAUUCUGUUUUCAUGGUUUGUUCCCACUUUUUCUUUGUUCACUGCCACCCUGUUAUCAAAUUUGAAGCCAUUUUGCACUUAUCAUAUAGAUAAAUUAUAUUGUGACAACUGGUCAAUUGUAAAACUUUCUUGUGCAUCAUCUUUUGUAAAUAAUGUCUAUGGAUAUAUUGUCACUGUCAUAUUUUUAAGCUUUGUAGUUUUCAUCAUAGUAUCCUAUAUUAAACUGAUCGCUGCAUGCAAAGCAUCUUUAGAAAACAGAAGGAAAUUCUGGCAAACAUGUCUGCCACACAUUUUAUUACUCAUAAAUUUCACUUCCUCUAUGUUAUUUGAUAUAAUGUAUAGCAGAUAUGGUUCAAAUGACAUUCCAGAGAGUCUGCGUCAUUUUUUGGCUUUAGAAUUAGUUAUAGUCCCACCUGUAUUUAAUCCUCUAAUCUAUGGAUUAAAUAUUAGAGCAGUGCGCAAAAGAGUUUUUACUUCAUGUGUUGCAUCAAGGUGUAAAUGCAAAAAUGUAAAACAUAAAUAAUUCUGAAUGCUUAAACAGCAUGACACUUUUUUGUUGUUGUUGUUUAUAAAUGAUUUGUCACAAAAUGUGUUUUUGGUAAGGAAAUUUCUAAUGAAGAGUGAAAUGUGUAUGUGAUAUAUUCCAAGCCAGCACACCUAUGUGGGUCUAAAUGGGUGUCACCCAGGCUAUCUAACUGGGGCACAGCCAGUUUUGUGCUCGGUUUCCAUUUAGGCCCCACAUGGGUUAGCACAGAAUUUAGGACUCCGGUCACUUCACAUUUAUUUAGCACUUUAUUCAAUAGAUUGCUUAAAAGCAAGCAGCUUUACAGAAUCAAACAUGAAAAACGGUGUCAGUGCCUCAUUUCAUCAGAAGCACAACUUCAUUUUCUACUAUAAUAAAGAAGACAAAACGAACUUUGUUUUGGCCCGAUUUUGUUCGAAAUUAUGUCACAUCAGUUCGUUCUUCGAUUUUGUUUGAAGUAUAUUGGGUCCUUU